AUGGCCUCCAUGUCGAAGAAUAACAACCACCAGCACCACCAGAACUACCCCAGCCAGAGCAACCCUAACAACAUGACUCCUAGCGGCAACCCCAACCUCACCGGUGGUCCGAAGUAUAUCAACGACUUCACCAAGGCGUUAGCUGGAGAAGUCAGGGUGCUGCUGGCAGAGCUGGGCCAGCUCAGAGAUCAGCGGAGGAAUCUGCAAUUCGAGAUAGCGGAACUCAUGAGCCUCAAGUCAAAGCACGGUGCGGGAGGGGAGUACAUCCCCGAUUGGAGGCCUGAACCCGAGCACCAUCUGUCUCUUACUCCUCCUCCCCCUCCUUCUCCCCCUCCUGAUUUAGCGCCUGUCCGUCCAGGAUGGCGUGUCGUUCCGUCUGCUCAUGCUCAGAGACGUCGGGCGAAGCAGCCUCAGCGCCCCCCGUCGCCAGCCUCAGUCCCGCCUCUCGAGCCGCCCAAGCCGAAUGUACCUGCAUGGGCGCAGUGGAGGCCCAACCCUGCCAUGUCGCCCCGUCCCCUCCCCGGCAUGCCGGCGCUGCGAGCACCGUCGCCUCCGCCCAGGACGGGUCUCUUCGGCCCCAGCACACCUCCGCCCAAAUAAAGGCACAACCACCAAGUGGAUAUUUCAAUCAAGUCUUUGGCCAACAAGCCUUGUAUCGAUCGUCGUUCUCAGAUCUACUCAUACAGUAUAUCGUGUUUGAUAUGUAUGUACUUUGUGGCUCGGAUAGAGGACACCAGAAAUCAGACUAUGUAAUAUGGA